AAAUACAGUAUGUUAGACUACCAGGACUGCAAUUUCAAGACUUGUGGGGAGCUUUUGGCAACAAGUCUAGCGCAGGGAGGUCCAGCACCAAACUUUCUCACAAGAUGGUGCUAUCAUUUCCUGUGCCAUGGAGAGAUUCUCAGUGAUGGUGGGCCAGAUGAGGUCACUGCUCCAGAUAUUAAAAGCUUGAUAGAAAGGGUGGAAAAUGCAGAGGAAGAAGUGUUGAUGGACUUAUCAGAUGCAAUUAUGGCAUGUGGGUACAGAGGGCCAAUAAACAUUGGAACAAAAGAGGCUAUCACUCAGGCUAUCACCUUGCAUGCAAAGGUGAGGCUGAUCCCAAUUCUGAACCAGCUACAUGAAGGACUGAAGCUCUAUGGAUUAGAUGAUUUUUUGAAGCAUCACCGACAGAUGUGCCAGCAGCUCUUUGUUCCUGGCCACUUAAAUGAGGUGGAUUCAAACUUCCUUUUGCGUGCAUUGUGUCCUGAUUUCAGCGAGAAAGGGUCUGUCAGACGGCAAAGAGAAAUGAAAGUAAUCAAUUUUUUGCAGGAUUUCCUACAGAAUCUGGAAGACAUGGAAGAAGCAAACAGCAAGGAAGAUGAAGAGAUUAACCCGGGGAGCUGUGAAAGUCGCGUGCCUGGAACAACUGGUGGUGGGAAGCGCAUCUCAGUCCAGAGCUUCUUCCAGUGGGUUACAGGGCAAGCCCACAUCCCACUUAUUGAAACUGAAAGAGAGGCAUUUAAAAUAAUGGUUGCUUUUGACCAUGACUGUGACUCUCACUACGGGGCACAUAGCCUUUGCUACCCCAUUGUAAAUGCAUGUGCAGUAGGCAUCACAUUCCCAGUUCGUCAUGCAAGUACCUACAGUGAUUUUGAAAACAACUUAACUACAGCCAUCUGUCAUGGUUAG